AUGGCAUCCAGAGGCCUAACACCCUCGCUGGGCUCCCCCUGGGACGCCAUUUUGCAGGCUGUCAGAGACCAGCUUCCAUCCCUGGACUCAGACUCCUCCUCGUUGGAUAGUGGGGAAGAGGAGUUGUUCAUCUUCCAGCGAAAUGAAACUGUCCUCAUUCCAGACCUGUCAGAGGAGCUGGCAGAAGACCUGGCCGACGAUGUCAAGUUUGGGGCCUGGGUCCCUGCGGCUGAAGGGUCUCCUUCCCAGGAUGGAACUGAGGUUGCAGUUCUGGUGCCUGUGGAGUGGGCCACACAGCCAGGGACUGACUGUGGAGUGAGGACAGAGGACUCAGUCUCUGGGAGAGGGAGAGCUCCAGAGAGCUGUGGUGAGAUCAGCUGUCUUCCCGGGACAGCCAGAGAGACUCUCACGCGGCUGGAUGGGGAACUCAGGAGCAAGUCCUUUGACACCACAGGGUGGCAGAGUCCACCCUGGGACAUGCAUGGAGGAGCCAUCCUCCUUCUCCAAGAUGGAGACCGAGAGACAGGGCCCCAGGGUGCUGCCCCUCCAGACUCUGCGGGCCGCAGGGCCCUCCGGCGGGCCAGGAGGAAAAUGAUUGAGAAGGUCAUCCUCCCGAAAGUGACCUGGGAUGCCCAGGACCCGUCCUGCAGUGCCCAGAGCCAACCCCAGAGGGCACCCUGCCCAGAUGCAGAGUCAGGUCCCCAGCCAGAAGACCCCAUGGGACCUGCGGAAGGGCCGCCAGUGCUCUCACUCCAGCAACUGGAAGACUGGGAUUUGGAUUCCAUCCUCCAGAGCCUGUCGGGGCCGGAAGACAACCAGGGAAGUCGCACAUCUGGAACUGUGUGGUGGGCAGCUGACCUCUUCCAAUGCCAAGAGCGUGCCAUGUCAAGAGGCCAGGACAGGCUCAUGGAGCAGCUGGCCCUGCUGAGUGCCGCCCAGUCCAGAGCCACCACGUCUGCCCGGAGGACACCUGCUGUCACCCCCCAAGACGCUGGAAGCAGGUGUGUUUUGACCAAGUCAGGCUUCCAGGCUGAGUCAGACAAGAAGGGAGGCGAGGGCCCAUGGCUGAAGGCGGAGCCCCCCACCAUCUUCAUCGACCUGCGGCAGGCGGGACCACCUGGCCACCACUUCUCCCCAGAAAGCUCCAGCUCCAGUCACAGUUCCUCUGACAGCGAGGAGGAAGAGGAAGAGGAGACUCUGGGAAACCAGCAGGGCCCUGCAGCACUGAGGGCCUGCACCGGGAAGAGUCAGCUUCUCCAGCAGCUCAGGGCAUUCCGCAAGGGGACAGCUCAGCCCCAACUGCCUGCCAAGGACAGCCGCAGGGGACAGAAGGUCCAGGCCCAAUCAGGAGCUGAGAAGAAACAUGUAAAACUCUGGCCUGAGCUGUUACCCGAAAGCCUGAGCCCUGUUCCCCCUGCUUUAGAAUCCUUCAUUGGUCCUGAGUAA